AUGUCGCUCGCCCAAACAGAUGGAGCAGAUUCUGCACGCUCCCACCCGUUGCAACUCAACCUCUCUUCGAACAAUCCCUUUCGCAAUCGGGCUGCUUCUCCUGCUCCCAGCGGUCAACUCUCACCACUCGACGCUCCUCCAAGACCCGUGUCGCGAAACCCAUUCCUUGACUCUUCCGUAGAGCUAUUACAGCCAGCCACCUAUUCCGGAAGACCUAUCGAUUCUCCUAGCAACAUGCCUUCUGCUCAGCCAAGACCUGCACUGAGUGGUGCUGCCGCCGAUCUCUUUGAUAACCUGACCCUCGACGACAAGCCUAAGGGCAGCAAUAUCACGCGCCCUCCCCCCUCUCGACCCAACGCUGUUGAUAAGAUGCCUCCUCCAUACACAACCCGUGGCGAGAACAUCCCACCCCCAGGGGCCUCCAAAAACUCACCUGGUCAUCGUCCGUCUCGAUCUGAAGAGGAAGCUAUGCGUGCUCGCAGGCUGGCUGGGGGAUCUAAAAGCAGGCCCAUGCUACGAGAGGAAGUGGACAUAUUCGCCGACCCUUCUGACUCAUCACCGGGACGGAGAUCCGGUUCUAGACGCCCUCGCCGAAAUUCCGAUUCUUCAAUCAUGAGCAAGACGAUGGACUCCGAGGAAGAGAGGAGGCGACAGGAGAGGAGGAGACGUGAACGCCGAGAGCGACGAGACCGUGAAGCAAAGGAUCCCAAGAGAAAGCCCGACCGAAAGCUAGACAUCAUCGAUAAAUUAGAUGUUACGAGUAUCUAUGGCACUGGAUUAUUCCAUCAUGAUGGCCCAUUCGAUGCUUGCAAUCCCCACCGAAACCGACAGGGCAGCAGACGUGCCCCAAUGCAGGCAUUCCCUAAGGAUUCAUUGAACAAUAUCAUGGGAGGCGGAGGACCACUAAACAAGAGGCCUGAUCACUCUACUUUCCUUGGAAACAACGACGAGGAGGCUUUCAAGGACUAUUCCAAGGGCGGUGUUGGGCUCAAUGGCUUUGAGUCUUACUCCAUGGACGGCUCUAGAUCCGGUAAACAGCCAGAUGUACACAGCGCCACCACCCGAGUAGAGCCAAUCCACGGAGACGAGUCACUUGGUCUGGGAACUUCGACUUUCUUGGAAGGAGCCCCCGCUUCCCGAGCGGCAUUACAGCGCCGAACUAGUGAGCACGCAUCGCCAAACGAGUUCGGCGGUGGCUUGGGUCGUAAGAAGUCAUUGGCUCAGAAGAUCCGUGGGAUCAAUGCCCCCCGACGUGACUAUGGCCCAUCCGGUAGAGCUACAAACCCCGAAGGAGCGUACUACCCCGAAAUGCGUACACCUGGCGGCAACAAAGUCAGCGAGUCCAACCCCUUCUUCAACGAGUUCAGCACGGGUGAUGACACUACUAAAAAGGGGGGCGUAACUUUUGUUGAGCCGGAGCGAACUGGUAGAGCUCGCGCACCAAGCAGCCCAGGACAACGCUACGGCGAUCGCCUUGAGAGGAAUGCUACAAACGACUGGAAUGACCCCUCUAUGCCACCAUCCGUCACUCCGAGGAUGGGCGGUGGGUUCUUGUCACGCGUCAAGUCUCUGAAGGGUGGCCCGAGAAAGCCCAAGGUUGAUCGGCCCAUGCCACAAGCUAUGUAUUAUAUUACUCCUCUAUCUUUACCUUUACUUUUACUUUUACCUUUACCUUUACCUUUACCUUUACCUUUACCUUUGCCUUUACCUUUACCUUUACUGACAUUUACGGAAGCGUGCUCUCCACCAGCCAAGAGCCAGGCCGAAGUGGCUGGGGAGAUUGUCUGUUGCAUCUCGCAGCAGAAUUCACUUUUCACUUCGGCUACCGUAUAUACGUCUCCAAGCCCACGUGGGCAGACAGAUACCGUAGCGAGCGGAUACGGUCCCGCCUCGCGCCGAUGUAGCGAACCAGCCAGAGCGCCGAGCCGAGCCGAUCCGAUCCGAUCCGAUCGAUCGAUCGCGACGGCUUGCGGAGCUGGUGCCGUCUUACAGGUACGGUACCGACCGACCGUCUCAGAGAGGGAGGGUCGUUUGGCAGAUCGAUUUCAUCAAUCAAUCAAUCGUGCUCUGCGCGCGCCUCGGUGCCGGCUCGGGGACUCGGGGCUGGGAGAUGCGGCUGUGGGUUGUGGCGCGACUGGUUGGUUGGUUGGCCUUGGUGGUCCUGUUGGCAGCCGUGGACGCCAUGACGUUGUGGGCGGAUGCCUGUCGGCCGGCAUAAAUGGCCAAGUUGAGACCAAGAACGUGGUCGUCGACUUGUCGGUCGGGCCGCUCGCAGGGAAGACGGGGAGACGGGCAGACGGGCAGACGGGCAGACGGGCAGAAGGGCACAAGGGCAGACGGGCACAAGGGCACAAGGGAAAAAAAAGGGUCAAGAGGCAGUCACGUCCAUGCGGCACUUGGCACCCAUCCUGCCCAGAUCUUCCCAGAAGCUUAUUUCGCCCCAGACUCGGCCUGAGGUACGGUACCGUCUCUCGUCACUUUCUCGAUCACCUUCAACCCGUCUGGAUCACUUCCCACUUGGCGGCUGCUGCUGCUGCUGCUGCUGCUGCUGCUGCUGCUGCUGCUGCUGUUGCUGCUGCUGCUGCUGCUGCUGCUGCACGUCGCAAUCCCGGCCAAGCAACCAAUACAUCCACUCAGGUGAUCCACUCCAUCGACGAGCUCGUGCCGGGUGCGACCACAGAGAUGGGCAGGCGGGCGGGCUGGGCGUGGCCUUCCUGCACAUGCCGUUUGACAGAGGCCGCGGGAAGUUGGCGUGCUUCCCUCCUUCCUCUCCAGCCAGGGAUGCCGGCCGUCUUUGUUGCACGUCGCAAACACGGCCAAGGAGAUACCGGAGGAAUGCAUGUUCGAAUUCUGCAAUUCACUCCUGGGCUUCUGACGGAAGAUCAAUUUGCAACUGAGUCAUGCGCACAUGUUUACCGAGGCGUGACUGACGGUGAGGGUGAGGGUGAGGGUGAGGUGAGGGCUGGUAAUCGACCGGUUCCAUUCAAUAUCGUGAGAUGGGAAAAUGGAAGAAAGACGUCUUCGCCCCAUGCCAAGCUAAGGGACACGACUGAUACGGAGGAAACAGGAAACGGGGAACAGGAUAUCGACUUUGAUAGGACGAUGUAUUCUGACCCGCGGAUUGUGUUGCACUUCGCAGAAAACGCCCAGCAGACGACGAGUGCUGACGAUGGGCGUGCGAAGUCUUGGUCUUGGUCUUGGUCUUGGUCUUGGUCUUGGUCGUGGAGACGGGCUCGUAACGGGCAGUCAGACAGAUCCUUCGUGACGAGGCCUUUGCCGACGCGGCACCAACCACUACGUCGGAUCAUUCCUUCCAGAGCAAGCCGCUUCCAGCUUCCAGCUUCCAGCUUCAAAGAUCGGCAAUUUGGUGCGAAGUCAACUUCGGCUUGUUGCAGUUCGCAGUUGAUGCCAAUCAAUGACUUGGCCGUAUCACUACCAAAUCCGCAGUUGGCCGGCCUCUGGAACGAACUUCAAGCACAGCACCCGAGCCGCCAAGCUAUUUCGAGAAUGCAGGAUGGGCUGAGGAUGCCAGCCAACGCGAUGCCAAUCCUGCGCACGCAUUUCGGUCAUUGGUGA